AUGACGUAUGGUAUCGAUCUUAGCAUUGGUGAUGAUAACGAGGAGAGAGCAAUUGUGGUGUACCAGUAUAUGACUCAAAGAAUGCAUAAGCCCUUCCAACCCGUGCCUCAAGAAGUAUUGACGCGACAAAUGGUGGAAAGACACCGAGAUGAUGGAGAUGCAAGAAUGAUGCAUGACUACUUUGGACCUAACUGUACUUGGGGGCCUAAGAAGUUCCACCAACGUUUGGGUAUGUAUCGACCUCUUUUCUUACGUAUUCUAAGUGAGAUUGUUGUUGCGGAUCCUGCUUUUGAUUUCCAAGUUGAUUGCACCGGAAAAUUUGGUCACUCUCCCCACAUGAAGAUGUAUGCCGUAAUGAAAUAUUUUUGUAUAGGUAUAGCCGCUGAUAGCACAGAUGAUUAUGUCCGUAUGGGAGCGCCAACCGUCUAUAUGUAUGUGAAGAGGUUUACCAGGGUAAUUGUUCGCCGCUUUGGUCCAAGGUACAUGCGACUUCCUACAAGAGAAGACACAGAAAUAUUAUUGGCAGAAAAUGCGGCUAGAGGGUUUCUUGGAAUGCUUGGAAGUGCUGAUUGUAUGCAUUUUCGGUGGAAGAAUUGUCCAACAACAUGGGCAGGCACGUUCCGUGGGCAUGAGAAAAAACUUACCAUGAUCUUAGAAGCCGUGGCAUCAUAUGAUCGGUGGUUUUGGCAUGGUUUCUUUGGAAUGGCAGGGUCGAACAACGACUUGAACGUCUUGGCUCAAUCUCCACUUUUUGAUAAGAUGGUUAAUGGUUUAGCAGCUCCUUGUAAUUACCGCAUCAAUGGCCAUAGCUACAACAAGGGUUACUACUUGGCGGAUAAUAUAUAUCCACGAUUGUCUUGUAUUGUGCAGUCAUUCAAAAUUCUUCUUCCAAAUCAGCCAGCUAAUACGUUGUUCAAUAAAUACCAAUAA